UCACCCACCUCACCUCCCCACAUAUAUCCUCUCCCCUCCAUUCUCUCUCAUCCCCAAUAUCUCUCUCUCCUCGCCGGAACAUUUUCUUCUAGGGUUUCUUUCUUCAAUCUAUAUAUUGCCUCAUAUUACAUUUUAAUUGAUCUGAUCGGUGUUGAUUUAGGUUAGACAUUCAAUAUCCGAAGAAGAUUGGUUGAAAUUCUGAAUUUUUGUGGGUAAUCUUUCAGAUUCUUGAGGAAAAGAUUUGAUUUUUUUGGGGCGAAUUCGUUUCGUUUUCAGGAUCUGCAAGAAGACAAAUUCUAGGGUUUGUAUUUGUAUGUGUAUUGAUGUCUUCGGCGGCAUCGUCUUCGUACUGGUGCUACAGAUGCAAUCGAUUCGUUAGGGUUUCUAACCCGGACUCGAUUUCUUGUCCCGAUUGCGACGGAGGCUUCGUCGAGGAAAUCGGUACUCCGCCGAGAUCUGCUCUCUCGGAUUCUCGGCGACGUCGUUUUCCGGCUGCGGCGAUGUAUAUGGUUGGAAAUGGCCGGAAUUCGGAUCAGGGUUCGAGUCCGGGUCUUCGUCGGAGCCGAAGGAACGGUGGAGAUCGCUCGCCUUUCAAUCCUGUGAUCGUGCUUCGUGGCCCUUCCGAUGGCGGCGUUUCUGAAGCCGCCGCCGCCGGCGGUGGGUUUGAGUUGUAUUAUGACGACGGAGCCGGGUCGGGGCUGAGGCCGUUACCGGCGAGUAUGUCGGAGUUUUUGUUAGGGUCUGGUUUCGAUCGGCUUUUGGAUCAAUUGUCCCAAAUUGAAGUCAAUGGAAUUGGGCGUGUUGAUCAUCCACCAGCUUCCAAGGCUGCGAUUGAAUCAAUGCCCACAAUUGAGAUCAUUGAAAGCCAUAUAACCACUGAAUCAUGCUGUGCUGUUUGCAAAGAACCCUUUGAAUUAGGAAUCGAAGCUCGUGAAAUGCCCUGUAAGCAUAUAUACCAUUCAGAUUGCAUACUUCCUUGGCUUUCUCUUCGCAAUUCUUGCCCUGUUUGUCGCCAUGAAUUGCCCUCUGAUAAUAAUAGAAACUCUGUCUCUGUUGAGUCAAAUAGAGGACAAAACGAUCAGACCCAGAUGGGAAACGAUGAUGAGACUGUUGGGUUAACUAUAUGGAGGCUGCCUGGUGGUGGGUUUGCUGUUGGGAGGUUUGCUGGAGGGAGAAGAGGCGGCGAGCGAGAGCUUCCGGUUGUUUAUACAGAGAUGGAUGGAGGUUUCAAUAACAAUGGAGCUCCGAGAAGGAUUUCGUGGGCAUCCAGAGGAAGUGUGUCGAGAGAAAGUGGUGGAUUGCGGCGGGUUUUCCAUAACUUGUUUGCUUGUUUUGGGGGUGUUGGUUCUUCAGCCUCUAGUUCUAGUUCAGAUUCUCGGCUAAGUCGCAGAAAUAGUUCCCGAUCUUCCAGUUAUCGUAGUGGUUCCCUUCGGAGGCCCUGGCAUCAGGCAAUGGGAUUUUAAAUGUUUGGAAAUUUUAAGGUGGAAGAAACCUUGUGAUUGCCUUUGUUUGAUGAUCCUACUAUUAUCGGUUUAUAACUGGAUAACUCUGUUUUUUCAAAAGGAAAUGUAUGUGGAAGUGGAAAUCACAGUUACCCAUUUGCUGUAAAUACCGAUAUAUGAAACGAAAAUUUGAACUUUGGGAUGAUAUAGACUUUCAAUGAACUGCGUUUCUGUUUUGGCAAUUGAACAAGGACUAUGAAGCAAAAGAAGAUGACUCCAAAGAAUGGAAUUCUGGCAUAAGAGUAGCCCUUUCAGGGAAUUGAGAAGAAGGUACAUGGCCUCAUGUACCGGUAUGCCUAUGAACUUAAGAGUAGCUGCAGUUUAUAUUGGUUUUCUUUUUCUUUUUAUUUUCCCGUUUUCUUUUAUGCCAUUUCCAAUUUGAACUUUGCUCUAAUUUCCUGUCUUUAUGUUCAGUCAUUUAUUUUUCAAAAAAAUUAUAAAGUGUUAUAUUCAACUUGUGAAAUUUGUUAUUUGACCUCUUGUGUCUCUAUAUGGCUUAUUGGACAUAUCUGGUUUGAUUC